GUUCCGUUUUCCCAGCUGCUUCUUGUUAGGUCUACAAUUGUAUAUAAUCUACCUCACGAAAUUAAUUUCUAUCUACAAAAAGACCAUUCUUGUUGGCGUUUCCUCCAUGAAUCACUGCAAUUAUUUGGCACCUCAAAUAAAGGGAACGCGAUUAUGCUGCUCGGUUCACCAAACAUUCGUUGGCGAGGGAUGAAGAGCUAGAGGUCGGAGCCAUGAGAACGUCUGCGAAGGAGAAUAAUAAAAGUAUCGAGCAAUGUCUUUGGGAACUAUGUAUUAGUGGGAAUUCUACCGUAAUGGCAAAAAACAAAAUUGGGGAGAGCAACAAACACCAUGCAAUCGAUGUAGUUUGACGUAUAUUCAGAGAACAAAACACCACAUGAUAUUUUUUUAAUUUAUAUUUUUAGCUACAACAGACAUCAGGUUUGACUUAGCACCAAAUAGUAACAAUUUUCAGCCAACGUUUCAAAUGAAGUUUAACAAAGGCACGACUUGGUAUGCCGUUAACGCAUCAGAAAACAGUGUGACAGCAUCUGCAGAGGUAUGCCGCGCAUGGCCGGACAUCGCAUAAGUAUAAUUAUAUAGUAUUCUGAAGUGGUUUUUCAUCAUUACUUUAUAUACAAUCUAUUGUAUCAUCUUUAUUACAUAUUUAACAAUUACUCGCCGAAGGCGAGAUGAUUAUCGAGGAAAAUUCACCGGGACGAAAUCCCCGAUAAUCACCGAGCCUGAUGCGAAUAAUUGUUUUAGUGGUAUUACACAAGUCUUUUGUGUUUCUUGGGACUGAAUUUAUUUUAAUUUCGAUUAAUUCUUUUUCAGUAACUUCCACAAAACGGCCAGCCGCCAUUUUGUAAAUUUUGGUUUGUUAUAUUCACCUAUAGGUGAAUAUAACAGAUUAAUACGUCGAAUUUGACGAAUGAACUUGCACGAUUUGUUAUUCACUUGUGCAAAACCACUAAAAUUUAUUAACAUGCCUGAAUCUUUUUAUUUUAAGGUGGCUCUCUACAGUUUUAGGUCUGUCCAGGUGCGAGAUUAGUAGGGCUACAUGAAACACGCGUGGUGACGUUUCACCUGUUGGUUCUUUUUUUUAAAUUGCGUCGUGAUAUACACGCGCGAGCCUUCGUGGGAUUGUCGCUGGUCGCGCGAGGAAAUUUAAAUCCUGAUUUUUGUGACGUCACAUGGUUUCUCGUGUUUCCUUCAGUAAAAUUUUUUAAAACUUCACACACUUUCCUGUAAACUUGAAGUGCUUAAAUGUGCAAGUUUUAAGAAAAUUGUACGAGCCGAAUUAUUUUUAUUCCCAAAACAGGGCUUUUUGAGAAUUAAAAAAAAAAUUCUCGUACGAUUUUUUUUUAAAUGCUAUCAUUUGAAAAAAUAUGGAUUAGAUUACUGCGUAAAAAAUUUAAAAAUUUUUACCCUUUAAAUUUUCAAAAAAUUAUCAAAGAAUCUGCAAAUUGGCCCUUUCUAGAAUCGCUUUGUUACCAUGGCAACGGGGAUUCGGAACGACAUUUUUUAAUUUUCGGAAUUUACGAGAUUGUAGCAGUUAUGUGGCCAAGUUUCGUGAUCAUACUUUACAAGAUGAUGAAAUAAUGGGUUUUGAAUACAGUUGUGUGUUGUAUAAUCAAAACUGUAGGGAGCCUUAAUAUCUGGUCCGCCGGAGCAUAAAACAUGCAUAAUAUAAUCGUCCGAGGGUGCUUCUUUUGAACGCUUAGAGUGGUAGUCAACCGUUCAAAAUGAUUUUGCCCUCGCCUCGCUGGCAAAAGCAUUAUAAUUAUUUCCCAAAGGUAAAGUAUUUGAAGUAGUUGUCAUGAUAACACGACAAUUUUGAAAAAUAUUCCUGACCACGGUGGGAAUCGAACCUAUGACCUUUGGAAUACUAGCCCAAUGCUCUGCUAACUGAGCUACGCGGUCUGGUCGGUUCGAGUAUGUGAUAUUUCGGAACAGAAUCUAGUUCCUUCGAUAUCAAUGUUAUCUAUUAAUAAUCAUGAUUUUUCUGUGUUGUUGUAAUGUACUCAGGUGAAUAUGAUGCUUGUGAUGUUACUCUGAGUGUAUAUUAGAGCAUUGGGCUAGUAUUCCAAAGGUUGUAGCUUCGAUUCCCACCGUUACCAGGCAUAUUUUUCAAGCUUGCCCGGUGUGGAUAUGCACUCAGAGUAACAUCACAAGCAUCAUAUUCACCUGAGUACAUUACACCAACACAGAAAAAUCAUGAUUAUUAUUAGAUAACAUUGAUAUCGAAGGAACUAGAUUCUGUUCCGAAAUAUCACAUGCUCGAACCGACCACUCCGCGUAGGUCAGUUGACUAGACUGGAAGUUCACUCAAGCCCCCAUGUUAGUUAUCUUUUAACAAUAUUCUAGUAUAAAUUUACGUAUACAUUACCUUGUCCCUGGCCUUGGAACACACUCUACGCCAAAUCGUACCACAGUUUCUGAAGUUUCCUUGCAUGUGGCUCUAAGCAGAAUUGAACCUGCAAAAUACAGUUCUAUUUCCUAAAAAUUAAUAUAAUGUGUUUUUUCCGCUACAGUCUGGACAUUUAUGAUUGCAGGGUAAAUUCGUUAAUUUUGAUAAAAAUUUGAAAGGGAAAAUGGAAAUUUAGGGAUUUUUGAAAGGAAAUUUUGUGAAAAAAUCUGGCAGAAAAUAAUUUGUUUGGAAAGUGGAAACACAUCUUCACCGCAUCUACCUCCAAACUCACGUUCAUUGUUGGGUUAUAGCAAUUAAGAUAACCCGAAACACGUGUUCAUUAAUUAAAUAGUUAAUAUUAUAAAAUUGUAAUUUCCAAUACGGCAUUUUACAGAAAUCUACCAUCCAUCGAAAUGUCGUUAUAAUAACAUUCCAACAAGACAUAUGAAAAACAACAACUCUCCCCUCCAAAUUGAGUGGACACAUCCAGAUUAAAUGUGUGCGUUGUUUCUUUGUAACAUAAAAUGCCAUCGCCACUCACUUUUUUGAGGUAAAAUGUUGUCUAUAACAAAUAACGAUAAAAGUGCCUUGUUUGGUACAUUUCCAAUAAGAAUCACAUAAUAGAAGCAAGGCAUUUAAAUAUGCACGGAGUGCAAAAUCGUUUUCAAAUCUGUUGAUCAACUCCACCUAUAAAAUGGCUGGCAGCAGGAAUUUGAGCACGCAAGACCAUGUUGUUACGUUCAUAUAACUGAAUAAUAUAACUGAAUCGAAAUUUUCUUCUAAAUGACUCUUCUUAUAUUCGUACCGCCCACAUAUGAUGGACUUUGAUUUUCCAGUUUUACUCUCUGAAAUUUACACAACCUCGUACCCAGGCUCUUACGAGGUUGAAAGUUACUCUUCAUUUCGGUAACUAUUUUAAUUAAAUUCUUGGAUGGUAAGUGCUGAAAUGGUUAAGACACUGAUUUAAUUUAACUCAGUGGCAGUUCUAGACAGUAACAUGAGCGAAGUUUCCGCGUAAACUCGUGGUUAUAGAGUUCAAACUUUUACCAAUCAAAUAUAAUGGACGGUACGAAGAGCCUUGAAAACAGGCAAUAAUUGUCAAUAACCCAAUGAUUAUUUUAGCUCAAGCGCCGUCAUGAUCUUUUCAUCUUGAUCAUUUUGAAAAUUUGACUAACAAAUUUAUUAUUUCCUUGACUUUGGCUUACAGGUUACCAAUACAUCGUUUGAAGUGAUGGAAUUAUGGACACCAAACAAACCGUAUGUUGUACUUCGAUCCAAUAAAAUGAGUGGCAAUGAAUAUCUUUAUCUGAGCAGUAAUGGAGCUGGGAACAUGCAACUGAAAGUUUGGAAUAAACCAGUCCCAGGUCCUCCUAAUACGACUUCAGAAGCAGAUCCUGCCUUGUUAUUUCGAGUGGUCAGACCGUUUGGACAAGAUUAAAUAUCGAGUUUAAAGAAUUUGCUAUGGGCUGUUCAUCUUGAGUUUUUUUUUAUAAUUAUGGGUAGCUUUGAUUAUACCAUAGUCCAAUGCACAUGGAGGCAAAAGAAAUUUACUAAAUUUCUUUAUUUAAACUCCAUAUCGUGAGAUUGAUAAAAAUAAAUUUUGAUAUAAAUAAAUUGCUCUCUAUAUAGAAAAACAAUAAUAGACAGGAACAUACCUCGGAAUUCAAAAUUCGUGUUUUCUUUGACAUGGUAUACAGUAGACUUCCUCAGCAUGGUAAUGUGUGUAAUUCUUUACCUACCUUUUAGUAACAACUGUAAGCAGUAUUCAGUAUGCAUAAUUAUAUACUCUUCAUAAUUAUAUCCUUAUAAAUUAAAACUUCUAUUUCAGAGAAACGGAUUUACAAACGUUACUGUAUACGCCCGCAUCUUUGACGACUCGUACCCUGUGCUUAAACAUCUUCUCGACGGCCUUGCUGCUCAGUCUGAUGAUCAAUUUAUACAUUAUAUUUUCAUAAUUGCUGACGGGCGUUAGCGAAGCAGCACACUAUUCGUGACGUGCUAGAGUUUUUCCAGAUUCUUCUCGACUUUCGACGAGAUUUCAACUUGUGUCUGUCAGUCUGUUAACAUGUCAUAACUAUGGGGAAAUAAUUAAACUUCUGAGCAAGGUUUUAUAAAUGGCGGGGGCAAAACCGUGGAAAAACGUCUGCGCAUGCGUUGAGAUUUUCCGAGCAUGG